AUGAUCGGGUCAUUAGACUGCAUGCAUUGGCGGUGGAAGAAUUGUCCCACAAGGUGGCAGGGAAGCUUUAGCGGCAAAGCAAAAAAACCCACCAUUGUUCUGGAAGCCGUGGCAGAUUUUGACACUUGGAUAUGGCAUGCAUUUUUGGGGAUCCUAGGAGCGCAAAAUGAUAUCACUGUUCUCGGGCAUUCACCAUUAUUUGAUGCCCUCACAGCUGGCGAAUCACCAUACCUGGAUUAUGAAAUCAAUGGUAAGGAUCACAAUAUGGGUUAUUAUCUUGCUGAUGGUAUUUAUCCAAAAUGGGCGACGCUUGUCCAAUCAAUUAGGCGUCCUGUAACUGAAGAAGAAGUGUAUUUUUCCACUAAACAAGAUGCAUACAGAAAGGAUGUUGAAAGGGCAUUUGGGAUUCUACGAGCACGGUUUGCAAUCAUUCGACAACCUGCUAGGGAGUGGAGUCUCGUAAAACUCAACUCAAUUAUGCUUACAUACAUAAUACUUCAUAAUCUGAUCGUCGAGGAUGAGCGUCAUGACUAUUAUGAUGGUGAUUCCGACGGUGAUGAACCUGAUCCAAAUAGGUCAAGAAGAACCCAGGCAAGAAUUUAUGAUGAUCCAAAUUUAGCUCGCAACCCGAGAACCGGCCAAAUCUCAAUGGAGGAAUACAUGCAUUGUUAUAGGCUAAUACGCUCUAGAGCUGAAAAUAAUGAUCUACAACAAGAUCUUAUCAAGCAUCUUUGGGAAAUUAGAGGCCAAGGACAUCGAUGA